GCGCAUUCCACCCCCGUUCUCAACCUUGCCCUUGGCUGCUCCUCCAGCAAGAAUCGUGGGAUUCAUCCAUCCGCCCAACAUGAAUUCCCUCACGUUGCUGCGAGCCGGCCUCCGAGCCCCUUCCCUCCGCCCGACCGUCCCCGCCGUCCUUGACUUCCUCGCGCCUUCCACCCUCCAGACCCGUCGCCAGUACAACUCCACGGCCAUCAGACAGUCCCCAGCCAGUACCCCCGGGUCCUCCAAACCGAAAUAUGUCCUCAACGCAGAGCAAAAAGAAUAUCUCGAUCGGGCCCUCCGCGUCAACCAAGCCGGCGAGCUAGCCGCCACCCUCAUCUACGAGGCGCAGAACCCGCAGGUCGUGCGCUCCCACCCCCAUCUCCGCCCGUUGAUGAAGCACAUGUACGACCAGGAAGUAGGGCACUUCAAAACUUUCAACCAGCUGAAUGCAAAGCACCGCGUACGGCCGACGGCGAUGUACCCGGUUUGGGAGGUGGCCGCGACGUUUCUGGGCUGGUCGACCGGCGCGAUGGGCCGAGAAGCCGCGAUGGCCUGCACGGAGGCGGUGGAGACCGAGAUUGGCUCGCAUUACAAUGAUCAGGUGCGGGAGAUUCUAUCGUGGAAAGCAGAGGCUGAGAGCCGGGGGGAAGUGUUGGACGAGGAGCUGGAGGACAUGCUGGUGACUUUCCGGCGGAUUCGGGACGAGGAACUGGAGCACCUGGACCACGCCGUUGCCAAUGACUCCAAGGAGGCUCGUCCCUACGAUCCGCUGGUCAAUGUCAUCCGUUACGGCUGCAAGGCGGCCAUCAAGAUCACGGAGAGGAUAUAAGGGCAAAAGAGAGGCUAUCCCGAUGAUAUUCGAGACGAGUUGGCCGAACGGAGGGUGUUGGAAUAACCUUCCAUGUACGAUAACAUUAUUCCUGAUGUAUGAUAUUCAACUUCAAGUUGAUCGCCACGGCAUUGUAGCGAGAAGGUUGCAUCUCAAGUCUAGCCGCUCACUGAGUCUAAUGAUAUAACAAAACCACAGGGUAUAUACAAUCGCA